AGGGCCCCGGUAAUCUAUUCUGCCGCGUCACGACAAAGCAAAUAGGAUGCUCGUGGUUUGUUAGCAUGGAUAUAAUAUAAACUGCGCCCCUGUGAGGAAUAAUUAUCUGGCAGGGCUUCACGACUGCUAAACAUGUGACCAUAGCGUGUCAAUUCGUGGUUUCUCUGCACCGCACUUUUCAGACCUGACAGAAAUAGUGAAAAGAACAGUUGACUACCACCAUUCCAUACACACGGAUCCAUUAUUGUUCACGCAACAGAACAUGGACAUCAUGGACCAAGGAGCUCAAAUGGAACCGCUGCUGCCAACGGUGUCAACUCCUGGACGCAGAAGCGUGAGAAAUGAUGAAGAGGCUGUGGUGGACAGAGGUGGAACCCGGUCCAUGCUGAAAACCAACUUUGAAAAGGAGGAACUCGAAGGUCACAGGACACUCUACAUCGGGGUACAUGUCCCCCUGGGAAGGAAGAGCCAUCGGAGGCAUCGGCAUCAUGGACAUAGACACAGGAAGAGGAGCAGGGAGCGGGACUCUGGAGUGGAGGAUGGAAGAGAGUCUCCCACAUACAACACGCCAUCCCAGAGAGUGCAGUUCCUCCUGGGCACAGAGGAUGACGACGAGGAGCACAUCCCCCAUGACCUCUUCACUGAGCUGGACGAGAUCUGCCUGAAAGACGGAGAGGAAGCAGAGUGGAGGGAAACCGCCAGGUGGCUGAAGUUUGAGGAGGAUGUGGAGGAUGGAGGGGAGCGCUGGAGUAAGCCCUACGUGGCCACGCUGUCCCUGCACAGCCUGUUCGAGCUGCGCAGCUGCAUCCUCAAUGGCGUCGUGCUGCUCGACAUGAGGGCCAACUCCGUGGAGGAGGUAGCAGACAUGGUGUUGGACCAGCAGGAGACCACAGGUCCACUGGGGGACGAGGUGAGGAGGAAGGUGAGAGAGACCCUCCUCAAAACGCACCAUCACCAGAACCAGAAGAAGUUGGCCAACCGCAUCCCCAUUGUCCGCUCCUUCGCUGACAUUGGCAAGAAGCAGUCCGAGCCCCACUCCAUGGACAAGAACGGUCAGGUGAUUUCUCCCCAGACCUCUCUGCCCGUCCCCAAUGAUGGCAAAGCUGAAGUGAGCAGAGAGAACAGCGCUGUGGACUUCAGUAAGAUAGACCUCCAUUUCAUGAAGAAGAUUCCCCCGGGAGCGGAAGCGUCCAACGUGUUGGUGGGUGAGGCGGAGUUCCUAGACAAACCUGUGGUGGCGUUCGUACGUCUCUCACCUGCGGUCAUGCUCAACGGGCUGGCUGAGGUCCCCAUCGUCACCAGGUUCUUGUUCAUUCUGCUGGGGCCUCUUGGGAAAGGGCCACAGUAUCAUGAGAUUGGCCGAUCCAUUGCAACUCUCAUGACAGACGAGGUUUUCCAUGAUGUCGCCUACAAAGCGAAGGACCGCACUGAUCUGAUUGCUGGAAUCGAUGAGUUCCUUGACCAAGUGACUGUCCUGCCACCGGGGGAGUGGGAUCCCUCUAUAAGAAUAGAGCCACCAAAAAACGUACCGUCUCAAGAGAAGAGGAGGAGUGCAGCGCAGUGCGGCACAGACCCAGGGGAUGAAGAGGAGGAGGACGAGGGACAUGGGGGUCCAGAGCUGCAGCGGACAGGACGAUUCUGUGGUGGUCUCCUGUUGGACAUCAAACGCAAGGCGCCGCACUACCUGUCUGACUACACAGACGCUGUCAGCCUGCAGUGCUUGGCCUCCUUCCUCUUCCUGUACUGUGCAUGCAUGUCGCCUGUCAUCACGUUCGGGGGCCUACUAGGAGAGGCAACAGAAGGACGCAUAAGUGCAAUCGAAUCACUUUUUGGAGCCUCAAUGACGGGAAUAGCCUAUUCCCUGUUUGCUGGCCAGCCACUCACCAUUUUGGGCAGCACAGGGCCUGUACUGGUGUUUGAGAAGAUAUUGUACAAAUUCUGCAAGGAGUAUGGAUUAUCCUACCUCUCACUGAGAACCUGUAUAGGGCUGUGGACAGCGUUCCUCUGCCUGGUCCUAGUGGCCACAGAUGCCAGCUCCCUGGUCUGUUACAUCACCCGCUUCACAGAGGAGGCCUUCGCCUCGCUCAUCUGCAUCAUCUUCAUCUACGAGGCAUUGGAGAAGCUCAUCCACCUGGGGGAACACUACCCCAUCAACAUGAACAACAACCUGGACAAACUCACACAGUACUCGUGUUCAUGUGUUGAACCUCCGGAUCCAAGCAAUGCCACCAUACAGUACUGGGAGCAGAACAACAUCACUGCUUCUGAGGUCUACUGGGAGGCACUCGAGGUUAAGGACUGCAUGGAGAAAAGAGGAGAGUUUGUGGGCAGUGCCUGUGGCCCUCACGGACCCUAUAUUCCAGAUGUUCUCUUCUGGUCCGUGGUUCUCUUCUUCUCCACUGUCUUCAUGUCAGCUUUCCUAAAGGAGUUCAAGUUCAGCCGUUACUUCCCCACCAAGUUGAGAGCUGUCAUCAGUGACUUUGCUGUGUUCAUCACCAUCUUUACCAUGGUCCUGGUGGACUAUGCCUUAGGGGUCCCAUCUCCAAAACUAAAAGUCCCCAGUGUGUUCAAGCCGACCAGAGAUGACCGUGGUUGGUUGAUCAGCCCGUUAGGCGGCAACCCUUGGUGGACCACCAUCGUCACAGUGAUCCCUGCUCUGCUCUGCACCAUCCUCAUCUUCAUGGACCAGCAGAUCACCGCGGUCAUCAUCAACAGGAAGGAGCACAAACUAAAGAAAGGCUGCGGGUACCAUUUGGACUUGUUCGUGGUGGGUGUCAUGCUGGGGGUAUGUUCCAUCAUGGGUUUGCCCUGGUUCGUGGCUGCCACUGUUCUCUCCAUCUCCCACGUCAACAGUCUGAAGCUGGAGUCGGAGUGCUCGGCCCCCGGGGAACAACCCAAGUUCCUGGGCAUCCGCGAGCAGCGCUUCACUGGCCUCAUGAUCUUCCUACUCAUGGGCUGCUCGGUGUUCAUGACCUCUGUGCUCAAGUACAUUCCCAUGCCUGUGUUGUAUGGAGUAUUCCUGUACAUGGGAGCAUCUUCGCUCAGAGGAAUACAGUUAUUUGACCGUCUGAAGCUGUUUGGCAUGCCAGCCAAGCACCAGCCUGACUUCAUCUACCUGAGACACGUUCCCCUGCGGAAGGUCCAUCUCUUCACCAUCAUCCAGCUCAGCUGCCUGGUCAUGCUCUGGGUCAUCAAGACCUCCAAUUAUGCCAUCGUCUUCCCAAUGAUGGUGUUGGCGCUGGUGUUCAUUCGGAAAUUGAUGGAUUGCUUCUUCACCAAGAGAGAGAUGAGCUGGCUGGAUGAUCUAAUGCCAGAGAGUAAGAAGAAGAAACUGGAGGAUGCUGAAGAAGAGGAGGAGGAGCAAAGCAUUUUGGGAGAGGAAGAUGGAGUAGUGCAGGUGCCGUUAGAAGGAUAUCAAAAGAGUGAAUCCGCACUCAACAUCACUGAUGAAAUGUCCAGAGGCUCUUUUGGAAACACGUGGAAUGUCAACUCUGACAACUCUAAAAAAGAGCUAGACUCAAAAAGUUCCCUUAUAUCCUCAUAGAUGCUGAAUCCCCCAAAGCUUAUCCAAGAACAGUGGUAGGAAAGAAAAGAAGAGAAGAAAGAUGAGGAAGGGCUGCUUCGACAGGGAGUCACGUUUAUGACGUUUCCCCCUUCACUGUGUUCUAAGCAAAUCAAUAUUGUGUGCCACAGUUUACCAUUCCUUUAUGUUUUGUCUUGUAAAUCUUUGUGUGUUCAAAAGCUUAAAACAGUCUCUUUUUUUAGUUGACGUCUCCAAAACUGCUUCUUUGUGAGGCAACCUAAAGACAUUUAUUUAUUGUAUGUAUUUUGUAUGUUUUAGCAUUUUUUCCAGUAUCAUAAUAUUACAGCUGUUUGAAGUUGAUAAAUUAUCCAACUAGAUAAACACUCCACUUAAAAGUUUGUGCAAUACUGCAAUUAAAGACUAUGAAAGCAAGUAUAUAUAUAUACAGUGGGGCAAAAAAGUAUUUAGUCAGCCACCAAUUGUGCAAGUUCUCCCACUUAAAAAGAUGAGAGAGGCCUGUAAUUUUCAUCAUAGGUACACUUCAAAUAUGACAGACAAAAUGAGGGAAAAAAAACAGAAAAUCUUAUUGUAGGAUUUUUAAUGAAUUUAUUUGCAAAUUAUGGUGGAAAAUAAGUAUUUGGUCAAUAACAAAAGUUUAUCUCAAUACUUUGUUAUAUACCCUUUGUUGGCAAUGACAGAGGUCAAACGUUUUCUGUAAGUCUUCACAAGGUUUUCACACACUGUUGCUGGUAUUUUGGCCCAUUCCUCCAUGCAGAUUUCCUCUAGAGCAGUGAUGUUUUGGGGCUGUUGUUGGGCAACAUGGACUUUCAACUCCCUCCAAAGACUUUCUAUGGGGUUGAGAUCUGGAGACCCUCCAAAGACUUUCUAUGGGGUUGAGAUCUGGAGACUGGCUAGGCCACUCCAGGACCUUGAAAUGCUUCUUACGAAGCCACUCCUUUGUUGCCCGGGCGGUGUGUUUGGGAUCAUUGUCAUGCUGAAAGACCCAGCCACGUUUCAUCUUCAAUGCCCUUACUGGUGGAAGGUUUUCACUCAAAAUCUCACGAUACAUGGCCCUAUUCAUUCUUUCCUUUACACGGAUCAGUCGUCCUGGUCCCUUUGCAGAAAAACAGCCCCAAAGCAUGAUGUUUCCACCCCCAUGCUUCACAGUAGGUAUGGUGUUCUUUGGAUGCAACUCAGCAUUCUUUGUCCUCCAAACACGACGAGUUGAGUUUUUACCAAAAAGUUAUAUUUUGGUUUCAUCUGACCAUAUGACAUUCUCCCAAUCUUCUUCUGGAUCAUCCAAAUGCUCUCUAGCAAACUUCAGACGGGCCUGAACAUGUACUGGCUUAAGCAGGGGGACACGUCUGGCACUGCAGGAUUUGAGUCCCUGGCGGCGUAGUGUGUUACUGAUUGUAGGCUUUGUUACUUUGGUCCCAGCUCUCUGCAGGUCAUUCACUAGGUCCCCCCGUGUGGUUCUGGGAUUUUUGCUCACCGUUCUUGUGAUCAUUUUGACCCCACGGGGUGAGAUCUUGCAUGGAGCCCCAGAUCGAGGGAGAUUAUCAGUGGUCUUGUAUGUCUUCCAUUUCCUAAUAAUUGCUCCCACAGUUGAUUUCUUCAAACCAAGCUGCUUACCUAUUGCAGAUUCAGUCUUCCCAGCCUGGUGCAGGUCUACAAUUUUGUUUCUGAUGUCCUUUGACAGCUCUUUGGUCUUGGCCAUAGUGGAGUUUGGAGUGUGACUGUUUGAGGUUGUGGACAGGUGUCUUUUAUACUGAUAACAAGUUCAAACAGGUGCCAUUAAUACAGGUAACGUGUGGAGGACAAAGGAGCCUCUUAAAGAAGAAGUUACAGGUCUGUGAGAGCCAGAAAUCUUGCUUGUUUGUAGGUGACCAAAUACUCAUUUUCCACCAUAAUUUGCAAGUAAAUUCAUAAAAAAUCCUACAAUGUGAUUUUCUGGAUUUUUUCUCUCAUUUUGUCUGUCUUAGUUGAAGUGUACCUAUGAUGAAAAUUACAGGCCUCUCUCAUCUUUUUUUUUUUCGUGGGAGAACUUGCACAAUUGGUGGCUGACUAAAUACUUUUUUGCCCCACUAUAUGUAUAUAUAUAUCAUUGAUGAAUUCAUCUAGGCAAAGUCAAAAUGUACUUUAUGCAUGAUGUUUUAUUUAAUGAAGUAUUAUAAAAUAUACUGCAUCUGCUUGAAUUUCAAAAUGCGAUAAAUGCGAAGGAAAAUCUACAGUAUCUGUGUUUGAGCAUUCGCAUUAUGAUUUCAGCUUUUUGCAAAUUGUCUUUAAGCUUUGAAUAUUGUAUUACUACCAAUAAAAUGUAUUACUAGCAGCAAGGAGAUUAGUUGAAAAUAGCUUUUUAUUUAUUUUAUUUAUGGUUGGCAACAUGUUCUUGUACAAAGAGCAAGCAUUGCAUUGAGCGUUUGAAUAGUAAAAAGCCUGACUUAAGUUGUAGAAUACUGUUAUGCAUAUCAAUAGAUAGUAUUGAAACAAAGAAGAAAAGAAAAUCCUGGCUUUAGUUGAAAUCAAAAUAUUUGUUUUCAUAGUCCUACUGCCAAAGUUGAAAUAGUUGCAGUUAUUGCAUUAUAUCAAUAUUUUUCAAGCUGCAAAGUACAUGCUUGUGUUUCAUUUUUACGUUUGUUGUUUGUCAUGGGCCAUUGUGUGUGCCCAGGAAUGAUUGUCCAUUCAAUAACUAAAGAUGAAGCUCAACUAAUACAUGAAGGCGUCUGCCAAAGGGCGACAUACAUAGCUAUAGAAACAAUUGCAAUAGCACUUUUUCUAGUAGGGGAAAAUGUAUAGUAUAUUUAUUGUUAUAACAUUUUUGAAACUAAUUUCCUUUUUACAAUAACAAAAAAAUGUAUUUCUUCACAUAUAAUUCGCCAUGCCUAUUUGUCUAUAAUACAUACCCGUUGCUUCAUUUUAAAGUAUCAGUAUCUGCAAAAUAUUUUAAAAGCUCUUGUUGAACAUUUCUAGCACUACUCGUUACUCAUUUUUACUUAGCUCGGGAAUGAAUUUGUUUAAAUAGUCACUCAAUCAGUUUUGUUUGUGACCUAAAUCAUUGUAAGGAAACAUGGCACUGGAAAACAUGAUGUUGUUUCUGCUUCUAAGUUGUUAUUGGUCUUUAGAGCUGAUGUAUUACUGUUUAUGAUGUAUCUUGUAUAUGUACAUUUACUAUGAAACUAUAAACCUCAAAUGUAAUACA